UUUUUUUUAUUUUCAUUUCAACCUUUUUGUAAAAACUUUUUUUUUUUUAUUUUUGCUUCUUCUUUUCUUUUAUAAACAAUCAAAAGACAUUAAAAUACAUUAAAAAACAUCAAAAAUGACUUGUAUUUAUGAAGUUGAAAACGCAAAGGAAGAUACUCCUUGUGAUGUUGUUACCACAGAAUAUAAACCCCUUCCAAGUUCAGUUACAGGUUUUAUAGCUGAAAGUAUGUGUGGUAUCCUUGAUACGCAUCAACCACCGAGAUAUUAUAAUUGGGAUUUCGUCCCAUUACCUGAAUUGGUAUUGUUUGUCGAGAAAGUUACUACAAAAGCAAGAGUUGACGUACAAACUGCGAUUGCAGCUUUAAUCCUCGUUGGUCGCUUUAAGGAAGGAUUACCUAAAAACGCUCAUGGAGAAUACGGCACGACACACAAAAUUUUCUUAUCCGCAUUAUUAGUUGCAUCAAAAGAAUUCAUGACAAAAUCACAUGAGGAAGAAGAAGAAGGAUCAUAUUUUCCUCCAUGUUGUUCAACGGAAGUAUUAUCAUCGAAUCCAAAUAUAUUAGACGAAUCAAGUUCAAGUUAUUCGAGUUCAACUUUUUCAAAUAUAUCGGAUUUUCAUUCUUCAGAUUUUGAUCAUUCACAUAAUAUUUUAUCAACCACACCAUUAUCAACCACUUCAUCCAUGAUAUCUGAUGAUGAUGUUCAUGAGAUCAUGUCAACCACACCACAUCGAAAUGGAUAUAAUAAUUAUAAAAAUCGACGUCAUUCUAUAAUUAAUGAAAGAUUGGCCGAUAUUUCAGGAAUUUACUCUGUACAGGAAGUUAAUCAAAUGGAGAGGGAAUUCCUAAGAUAUUUAGGAAAUCAUAAUAAUUGGGUAUCCGAUAAAGAUAUACGCGAAUUUGUUGAAAAUAAUAAAUACGCUUUAGGAAUAUGUUAAUAAGGGAAUUCAAACAAUUCAAACGAUUCAAUCGAUUCAAACGAUUUACGAUUUUACGAUUUUAAUUGGGUUUUAUUUGAUGAAUUAAUAUAUUAUUAUUUUUAUUAUUAUUAUAUAUUGGAACUAAUUUUUA